AUGAGGAAUAAAUUUACAAAUUAACAACAGAUUAGUUAUUGCAUUUUUUUUUUGAAUUUGGUCAACUAUCGUCAACACGUAUAUAAAAACAAGUGCGACGAACUUUAAAAACAAUUUUCAGAAGUCAUUUUACACCUUAAGGAAAUUAUGAUCAUAAAGUAUUAAAUAGAGACUGUUUUUUAAAUUUUGAACUUGAAAAAAUAAAAUCAGAUCUUGCUUAUCUGCAUUUUCUUAAAUUUCUAGGAGGGACAAAAAUCUGAAGUUAAACUUAAAAUUGGUAGCUUUUUAGAAAACCUUUUCGUAUAGUUUAGAAAAAACCAAACCAGAGGAAGUAAGAUAGUUAUUAGAAAAAAUAAAUUGUGAUGAAUUUCUACUGAGUGUGGUUGAAGAUUUCCCAAAAAGAAUUACUAGAGAAAACGAAGCAUUAAUUCAGAUUGAAUUAAAAAAUAUUCAAAUCACAAAAAACGAGGACUUUGAUUAAAGAUUACCAAAGUAAAAAGGGAUACUAAAAUACUCAUAUUUAAAUAAAGUGUAAAUGAAAAACUGAUUGAAUAAGAUCGAAAGAUUUAGAGUUGAUUUAGAAGGAAUUUGGAGAAUUUUUCAACUAAGAAUCUUCUUCAUAAUUAUCUAUGGCGAAAAUUAAGAAAAUUUUGAAGAUGAAGAAUUAAAUUCAGCAGAAAUGAUUUUGGAAUAAGAAAAAUAUGAGAUUUUUUUAUCUCAAUUAAAACAAAUUGAAGAUUUUAGAAAAUAUUUAUAGAUCGAAGAGUGGAAUCAAUUAAUCAAACUUUUGAAAAUUUUGGGUGUCCAGACAAGGAAAUUAUAAAAAUGUUAAUUAAAGCAGACCUCCUCCAAUUAGGAAAUAUAAUAAGCUAAUAAAAAAUAAAUUAUGAAGAAGAUUAAGUAACGAUAUCUCCAAAUGAUUAGAUAAGAUAGGAGAGAGAUGAAAUAAAAGACAAUCAAAAAUUUCAAUAAAUUGGAUAAAUUAAAAUGAAUGAUUAAUAAGUAGGAAAAGUGAAAAUGGAGUUGUCGCUAGAUACAAGUAAAUAAAUUGAGAAGUAUUAAAAAGAAUGUAAUUACAAUUUUCAUAAGUCAAUUUAGAUUAGAGAGAAGAUGAAAAUUUUUAUUCGUAUUUGGAAAGUUAAGAAACCAAGUUAUUUAAAAGGGUUAAUGAUAAAGAGAUUACUCAAGUUGAAUAGGAUUUUCUAAUUUAAUAAAUUAAAAAAAUAUCCUUAGAGGAAGAUAGUGAAGAAGUAGAUGAAGAGGUAGAAUCCAUAGAAUAAUUCGGCUUUAUAGAUAAUUUGGUUCAAAGGUCCAAAGACUUUACAAAUAAUGAAUAACGGAAAAUUAAAUAGGGUCUAGCUUUUACUAUAAUUUAAAUUUCAUCUAAUUGUUUGUCAGAGUCUCUUACUUCUUUCUGUUAGAAAGUUCUUAUCUAACUGUGGGUUCAAGAAAAAGAUCUAAGGGUUAGAAACAUUUUAAAAAAUGAAAAAUUGAUAAGUAUGUAAAUGCAGAUUCUGUCGAAAGGUUGGUAGACUUAACACAAUAGAAUCGCAGGGGGAAAUGUAGGAAAUGUUUAGCAGAAUUGA